AUGCUUUUUCUGAUCAAGCUCUUGGUCUUAGCUGUUGUGAUUCAGCAAUCUAUGGAACAGGGUAACUCAGGUACCGUGGCUAACAUCUCUAAAAAGAGACAGAAGGAAAUCAUUGACCAACACAAUGCUGUGAGGGCAAGCGUAAAUCCAACCGCCAGUAACAUGAUGAAAAUGAGCUGGGAUGAGGAAGCAAGCGAAACCGCUAAAAAGUGGGCUGCACAAUGUAGAGGAAGAACAAGUCCAGCGGACCAGAGACUUGUGGAUGGAGUUUACUGUGGUGAAAUUAUGUUAACCUCUUAUAAACCUGUGUCCUGGUCAAAGAUAAUUGAAAACUGGUCUACUACAUCAGUAAAUUUCAAAUAUGGUGAAGGGCCAAUUGGUGACAUUAAUUUAAGUGAUGUCUAUACCCAGCUUGUUUGGCAUAAUUCACACCGAGUUGGAUGUGCAACUGCCCACUGUCCAGAUCAAAUUGUCCCUUUCAUAUAUGUUUGCCAUUAUUGCCCUUUAAAUGCUUCUUCAGAAUGUGUUCCUACUACUGAUAGCUGUGGUUCUCCAGUCAUCCCCAGGACAGUCUUUGACAGCGAUUUGCCCGGGGUGGGCGGGACGGAGGAUGAGGUGGAGGCACGUCGAGACUCCUCCUGUGACCGGCGGAAGGCAAUGCGAACCGCCGUGGAAGAUGGCGGAGUUGCUGAAGUCGACUUCGUGGACCUGGCUGAUCUCACCGACGCCACCGAGCUUGUCGACGAGUGCCGGAUGCCCUUCUUCGCCCUUGACUGGCGAGGCUCGGCCCCUGUCAAGGGAUCGACAGACGAUGAUGUCGGUGCCUUCGACGUCGUCGAAGGUUUAGACACCGUGGCUGAUGUCGACGCCGAUGUCGAUGGUUCCCACAAGCUUUUUAACUGA